GCGGCAUCACGCAGACCUGGCGCAGCAGAUUGCCCAAGCAUACAUUAACACAAUGCGCUGGUACUAUCUCAACCACUUCACCCGCUACCGAGCAGCACUCGAGAAGAUCAAGAUACACGCCAUGGACAAGUACGACGUCUUGGGCGAAGACCCAAGCGCCAGAAGAGGGGGUACACUGCUUGGCCAAUCGCGAAGUGCACCCGCCACUUAUGAUGCCUUUUCGCUUGGACGACGCCGCGAUGCCCUGAAGAACUCGUCGGCCAAUGCCCUGCCGGCGAAUGUUGCUGAGGACGAAAAAGCGGCCCACUAUCUCGAGGUACCCUUUCGCAGCUUCAACCUGGCCCUCAUCGACAAUGCUUGUUUCGAGUACACCUUUAUAUCUUCCUACUUUGCUCCUUCCCAGAACUUCCACGCCAUCUCGCGGACGUUCAACUCUAUAUUCGAGCCUACGCUGGCAGUGGGACAAGCAGUCACCAAAUCGCUCGUCGAUUCCACCACCGACACGCUGGGCAUCCUGCUCUGUGUGCGGCUGAACCAGCACUUUGCAUUUGAGCUUCAACGAAGAAAAGUGCCAACGGUAGAGGGCUAUAUCAACGCCACAAACAUGCUGUUGUGGCCGCGUUUCCAGCAGGUUCUGGACAUGCACUGCACUUCGCUUCAGAAAGUCACGACUUCACUGCCCGGCCGGCCCUCGACGGGCGCCGCGCUAUUAUCUUCUGGCACCUCGAAUGCUGCUUCUACGGCACCAACGGCCCUGACGCAAAAGUUUGCCAACCUGCUGCAAGGCAUACUGGUGCUGUCGUCGGAAGCCGGCGAUGACGAGCCCGUCAGCGUGUCGGUGGCACGGCUCCGGAGCGAGUACGAAGCCUAUCUCACCAAACUCAGCAAGGGAAUCGGCGAUGCCAGGAAAAAGGACAGGUUCCUCUGCAACAACUACAGCUUGGUGUGCACGAUACUGGCUGACGUCGAGGGCAAGCUCGGAGAGGAAAUGAGAGAGCGCUUCGAGAAGCUUAGAGAUUCUUUUGAUAAAUAGAUCUAAACUCGCCUCGUUUGAACGGGGAUGAGAGAGAGAGAGAGAGAGUGCACUGCUCGCUCGUCCUGAAUCAAUGGC